AUGGAGAUGUUGUUGCACACUUCUGUGGAUAUUUUAGGUAUUGCAUUCCCACGUCUAUUAGUUAAUCACGAUAUCCAGGAGUUCACCACACCCCGUCAGUCGCGCUGCUUUAUAACCGUGCCUCAGAACGCAGCGUACAUACAAUACAAUACACUCCCGCUGCUAUCUACCGUAGCUGGUGGCAUCUACAACCAUCUCCUCCUUACUCUUCGCAAGACACCCAGCUUCACCACCCCUGCCUCCGCCAAAAUGUCACAAAGCCAUGCCCUCUCCGACGACCAGGUCGCGGGUGAACUCCGCAAAAUGACCGCCUUCAUCCGCCAAGAAGCCCUCGAAAAAGCCCGCGAAAUCCAGCUGAAAGCCGACGAAGAAUUCGCCAUCGAGAAAUCCAAACUCGUCCGCCAAGAAACAGCAGCCAUCGACCACCUCUACGAGAAGAAGUUCAAACAGGCUUCCAUGUCCCAGCAAAUCACCCGCUCAACACUCGCUAACAAAACCCGUCUGCGCGUCUUGACAGCCCGCCAGGAGCUUUUGGAUGAACUCUUUGAGCAGGCGAGGGUGCAGUUGGCGAGUGUGACGGUGAAGGGGGCCAAGAAGGGAGGCAAGAAGGGAGGCGGGGGGUAUCAGACGACGUUGAAGGGGUUGGUGCUGGAGGGGUUGUAUGCGUUGAAUGAGAGGAAGGUGCAGGUUCGGGCGAGGAAGAAGGAUUAUGAGGUUGUCCGGAAGGCGAUUGGGGAGGCGGAGGCGGAGUUCAAGGAGAAGGUUGGGAGGGAGAGUAGUGUGGAGUUGCUGGAGAGUGAUCCGCUGCCUGAAGGGUCAGCGGGAGGUGUCAUUAUCAUCGGUACAGCAGGUAAAAUUGACAUCAACAACACCUUUGAAGAACGGCUGCGGCUCCUUGAGAUUGAUGCUCUACCGGCAGUCCGGGAAACGUUGUUCGGCAAGAAUAAGAACCGCAAGUUUUAUGAUUAG